ACACACACACACACACACACACACACACACACACUCUCACACACACAAGGCGGGCGAGGCAGAGCUUCAGGAGUUUUUCUCCAGCAGGAAAGUUUCUUAUUUUGAGUUCUUGGUUUGACUUCGAGUCAAUGUUUGAGGACCAAGUCAUCAUGGUGACCACUGAGACCCACCAGAGCCAGGACUUGCUUGUGCCUGCCCAGGACCAGAACCAGCAGGACCAGAACCAGGCCCACCCGUCAUCCCCGCUGGCAGGAUUCGACCCAGAGACAAUGGGGCAGGGUCCCGUCAACGCCAUCACCGUCCUCACCCUGCUGGACAAACUGGUCAACAUGCUGGACGCUGUGCAGGAGAACCAGAACAAGAUGGAGGUGCAUCAGGUGGAGAUGGAGGGCGUGGUCCGGGGGAUCCAGGCUGAUAUGACUAAACUGUCAAAGAGUCACAGUCACACCUCCAACACGGUCAGCAAACUGCUCGACAAGAGCCGCAAACUCUCAGUCACCAUGAAGGAGGUCCGUGAUAAGAUGGAGCGUCAGGGAGUCCAGGUAAGGAAGCUGGAGGCAAACCACGCCCACCUGAUCCACAGAAAUAACUUCAAAGUCCUCAUCUUUCAGGAGGAGAACGAGAUCCCCUCCACUGUUUUCGUCAAAGAUCCCCCUCCGUUCCCUCGGGAUGAGAUCAUUGAAGAAGGGGAUGAAUCUGCACCAGGAGUUGUUGACGGGAACCGUUCCCAGGAAAGUGGGCUCCACACCAUCGACCUAUCAUCUGACGAGGAUGUGGGAUUGGAGGCGGAGCUAGAGGAGGAUGAAGAGUUGUGGCCUCAUGAUUUGGAAAACAUGGAGAAGUCCAGAGCAGAGAAACUGAAGCGCUCGAGUCUGAAGAAGGUGGACAGUCUGAAGAAGGCGUUCUCCAGACAGAACAUUGAGAAGAAGAUGACGAAGAUUGGAACAAAGAUUGUUUCUGUGGAGCAGCGAGAGAAGAUCAAACAGAGAACGUCGAGCCUGAAGGUUUCACCUUUGACCUUCGGUAUCAGGAAGCCUCGCAGCAGCUCCGACUCUCAGCCUCCUGACUCCUCGGUCCUCACAGAGGCCGACAUCCAGCUCUCUCCGCUGAGCGGUACCGACCAGGAGGUCCCCUUCAACGAAGUCCAUGCCCAGUUAGCUCCAGCUGGGCAGGAGAACCAGGAGGAGGAGAACCAGGUGGGGGAGGGAGGUGAGGAGGUGUUCAGUGAGGAGGCGGGGCUGUCAGGUGUGGAGGCGGAGUUGUCAGGUGUGGAGGCGGAGCUGUCGAUGGUGUCAGAGGACAUCAGUCAGGAGUAUGCUCUGUCUUCCACCCUGCCUCAGGAGGAGAGAGGAGAGGAGAGAGGAGAGGAGAGAGGAGAGGAGAGAGGAGAGGAGAGAGGAGAGGAGAGAGGAGAGGAGAAAGGAGCAGAGGAGGAGAAAGAGGAGGAGAAAGAGGAGGAGAGAGAGGAGUCCUAAACACCCGUUUCCUAAUCUUCUUCAAGAACAGAACAGAGAUUUUAGAACUUUUUAACAUUCAGUAAACUUUCUGUCAGGAGAGAGGACUUAAUGUUGAACCGUUCUUCUAAAGUCAGAGCUGUUUAGUUAUUGAUUCACUUUCACUCAAACACAGGAGUUCUUACCUGAUUAUCACCUGUGACUCUGAAAUCCCCAGAUCUCCAUCUCAGGAACAAUCUCAGGAACCAACACUAACCCUGGACCUUAGUUUCAGUUUGUCUGCAUGUUAGCGUUUCAUUCUUUGAGCUGGAACCUAAACAAUCAAACUUUUGGAGAUCCGUGGAUUUCACAGGAUUUAGUUUUUAUAUAAACAUUUAUUACAGACUGAUAUCAAAUAAUCACCUUUCUCUCUACUAGCUUAGACCCCGAUAUGAGACCAAAAGACCUGCAAGGUUCAAUAAACUAUAGCUGAUAGUUCUGUAAGAUCCACCCCAAAGUCUCACUGAGUCCCCAUGGUUCCUGUAAAAUGAUAGGUUGUCUACCUGUUUCCUGAGGUUCCACGUAACAUUCCCUCUCUGCUGGUUUACGAUCAGUACACCCUCAAAGUUCCUGAUACACUCGGUUCUCUCUAAAGGCUCCCUUAGGUUUAAUCAGCGCUCGAUUUUAAAUCCUCAAUAUUUUAAAUGAUUGUUCUAAAGUUCCAACAAAGUUCUUCUGGCUGUGAUUUAAUCUGAUAUUGGAAGUUUGAAGAACAUUAUUAUUUCCAGCCAUCAAUAACUUCAUGCGUUCAUUUUCCUGAAUGUGUUUGUAUUCCAAAAACCCUGCUGUCAUAACGUCCCUGCUUAUUAACCUCACAGCAACACAGCAGGGGUACUUACCUGCUCACCCAAAACCACGUGGUUUAUAUAUAUACACAGAGAUAAAGUGAUGAUGUCAUCAGAGUUAAAGUGAUGAUGUCAUCAGAGUUAAAGUGAUGAUGUCAUCAGAGUUAAAGUGAUGAUGUCAUCAGAGUUAAAGUGAUGAUGUCAUCAGAGUUAAAGUGGUGAUGUCAUCAGAGUUAAAGUGAUGAUGUCAUCAGAGUUAAAGUGGUGAUGUCAUCAGAGUUAAAGUGAUGAUGUCAUCAGAGUUAAAGUGGUGAUGUCAUCAGAGUUAAAGUGAUGAUGUCAUCAGAGUUAAAGUGAUGAUGUCAUCAGAGUUAAAGUGGUGAUGUCAUCAGAGUUAGAGUGAUGAUUUAAUCAGAGUUAAAGUGAUGAUGUCAUCAGAGUUAAAGUGAUGAUGUAAUCAGAGAUAAAGUGAUGAUGUAAUCAGAGAUAAAGUGAUGCCAUCAGAGUUAAAGUGAUGAUGUCAUCAGAGUUAAAGUGAUGAUGUCAUUAGAGAUAAAGUGAUGUCAUCAGAGAUAAAGUGAUGAUGUCAUCAGAGAUAAAGUGAUGUCAUCAGAGUUAAAGUGAUGAAGUAUAGUUAUAGAGUUAAACAUUAACAUUUGUAUUCUUUUUGAUUUGUUUGAAAGUUUGUUUUUGAUGUUUUAACACGUUGUGCUGCCAAAGAACAUUUCCUGUGUCUCAUGAUUCCUGUUUGACAGGUGUGUGGGAUCACCUGAACACGUCUCAAUAAAACUAAUUAAAGACA